AUGACGAGCAAGAACCGGCGGCUGCGCUCCACGUCCGUCUCCUUCGGCGUCGGCUCCAUCCCGCGCCCCAACUUCGACCUGGGCCCUGCAGCCAGCAACGCCAACAAUGCUCCGCUCCGCCGCCGCUCGUCGUCGCCGCGGGUUCCGCCGCCCUGGCGCCGCGCCGACAGCGUCAUGGAGCGGGUCAUGAACCCGUUCCUGGACCGCGAGUCGCCGUCCCAUUGGUACCGCUACAAGCCCGUGCCCACGCUGCCGGAGCUGCAGCUGGCUCCCGACAUUGUUCCUCCAGCUGCAGUUGGUACUGCGGCUCGCCACUCCCAGCUGACCGCCGCCGAGAAGACUCGGCCCUCGUACAAGAAGGCGCUGGCCUUCCACGACGGACUGCACUCGACCUAUGUGGCUGACUACCCACGAGGACUGCGCGGACUCUUUGUGCUGGUGCAGAGUCCGCUGCUGCUCAUCGCCAUCGGAAUCUUCGCCGGCAGUGUGGGGCUCGCUAUGGACGUCUGGAGCGUCGAGAUCGCCCGGUACCAUCAAUGGCUGGGCGACCAAGGUUUCAUGCUGUUUGUGCUCUCGGCGCUGCUGGCUGGAGGCUUCUCGGCCAUUCUCACGCAGUGCGUGUGCCCGCAAGCUGCUGGAUCGGGACUCCCAUUCAUGAAAGUGGCCAUCUCGGGUAUCGACAUGAGCGCGUACCUGUCGUUCCGCUGCAUCGCUACCAAGAUUGUUGGGCUUAUGGCUGCACUGGGUGCUGGUCUGUCCAUUGGCAAGGAGGGUCCGUUUAUCAUGAUUUCGUGUGGAUUUGCCAGUGUGCUGAUGAACUGGCGCCCCUUCCGCCGCAUUCGCGAUGAUGACACGAAGCGCUUGGAGAUGCUGGCUUGCGCCUGUGCUGCUGGAGUCGCUGCUACGUUUGGCUCCCCGUUUGGCGGCGUGCUGUUUGGAGUCGAGGUGACAUCCCACUUUUACCUCGUCCGAACUCUGCCUCGGUCAUUCUUCGCCGCGAUCGUUGGCGCGCUGCUCGUGGACUUUGGCGCUGCCAACACGCGCUACGGCCUCUUUGGCAACCGCAGCAUGGGCAUUUCCUCGGAUACCGAUGCUGUCAAUGGGAGCGGUGGACCCAGCUUCGUUGAUCUGUCCGUUUUCGCUACAAUGGGCAUCGUCUGUGGUUUAGGUGGUGCGUUCUUCAACCACACUCUGUCGAUAUUGGUGCGUGCACGCGACCGGUUUUUCGAGCCUUCGCCAUCAAGGACGCCACGCGCAGGCUGGUGGAAGGCUCUAGGCAAGCGAUUGGGGCUCGUGCUCGCAGUGACGCUGCUAUCGUGUUGGCUCGAGUUCUAUGGGGAUAGUGCGUGGUUCCUGAGGCAUGGUUCCCCUCGAAAAAUUCUCGACGCGCUAUUCUCGAAGGACAAACAGGUUUUCGUUGCGGAUGGUACUCCUGAAAACGUUGAAGAAGAUAGCUUGCUGCUUUCAAGGUCGCUGGUGACGUUUCUCCCGCUCAAGUACGUGCUAACGCUUAUCAGUAUUGUCCUCCCCGUGCCGGCUGGUCUGUUCACCCCAACAUUUGUCAUCGGUGGCAUCUUCGGUCGUCUCGUUGGUGAAGCCGUCCGCGCGUUCGAUCUCUUGAGCACCCGCUACGAGCCUUUUGAGUUUGCUAUCAUCGGCGCUGGCGCUUUCUCAUCGGGUGUCACCCACGCCGUGUCAACAGCAGUCAUCAUCAUGGAGAUCUCGCACACUGACGGUCUCAACCUGCCCGUGUCUGUCGCAAUUUUGGCUGCGUACUUCACGGCCAAGCGAUUCACUGAGAACGUGUACGACGUCCUUAUCGUGACCAGUAACUUGCCUCGCCUGAAAAAGCUCCCGAAGGCUGCGUACGACAUUCCUGCUUGGGAGGUGAUGAAGGAUGUGGCUGAGAUGGGCGUGCUAACAGCCGACUCCACCUACGCCGAUGCACUGGCAUUGCUCAAGCGCUCAGACAUGGAGCCCGUGUUCCCGAUCGUGGACUCGCUGGAGAACCGCUUCCUGCUAGCCACGGUCACGCGUUCCCGAUUGGCCUACGCUGUCUCCCGCUGCCAGCGCCAAGGAGCGACCCCGAUUGCACUCACGCCUAUGAAUUUGCGCCAGCCGACAAACGUCGAGACGAUGGCCACGGCGGCGACGUCGCUGCUGUUCCCUCCGACCCCGCGCAUGACCACCCCAACUGCUAUACGCACAGUCGGCUACGACUCAGGCAUCCGGCACCCGACCCCUGUGGUUCGCACCGCCUACGGAGCGAUGGACUCGAUGCCGCGCCGCGACAGCGAGGAGUUCGACGACGACGACGACUUCGAUGACGACGGACUAGACGAGCUGCCGAUGCAGCUGCUGAGCUCGCCGAUCCACUUUGCGUUCGGGCGCGGCGGCAAGGUCAUGGACUGGGGCACGAACGAGGUCUGCGAGCCGACCAAGCUGACGGUGCUCAUCGACCCGUCGCCCUUCCAGCUCAUGGAGAUGACGCCCAUGCGCCGCGUGGACAUGCUCUUCCGCAUGCUCAAGCUCAACAACGUGUUCGUCGCGCGCUCCGGCAAACUCAUGGGCGUCAUCAGCCUCGCGCGCAUGAUGACGUUCCUGGGCACCACGACGCCGUACCAGGCCCCGGGGCUGCUGCGCACGCUCCAGAACUUCUGCUCCAAGUCGUAG